GUCCGGUGGAAGAGUUUUUCCCCCCGCUCGAACCGGCUGACCAGACUUGAACUUUCCGUCGUGGCGAGGGAAACUGGAAGCGGACGACGAACGGUGGUCACUUUAGGGUCUUUUCCGACGGUGCAGCGGCGGUUUUUACGGGCGUUGCGAGGUUUUGUCGUCUGUUAAAUCGCACGUGCGUCCUUUGAUCGUGCUGGUGCUUGUGCGUCGUCUGCGAGGGACACUCCGUGUCGUCUGCUCGAAGGAGAUCGUCGUGCGAAAAUAUUUUGUGCCGUUUGGUGGAAGAUGAAAAGGAAGAGAUUGGAGUUUGGAUGCCGUGUGGAUGUUGCGUUUGUCAUCGCGAUCUGCGUAGCUCUAGGUGCUUGCGUCCCCAUUGUGUUUCCCCAAGAGGACCCUCCCUGUGAAAAGGGCUUCCUAUGUCGAGACAUCACGCUCUGCGCCCAGGGCAUAGCGGAGGUUCGUCGAGGUGGCCGACCGCACAUCUGCGGGUGGAACCGUCACGUGGCCAAGGUGUGCUGUCCGGACAACCCCGACGCUGACGACGAGGAUCCCUUUUUCACGGCGCUCAUUGGUUUCCAGAGGAACGAGCAAUGCGGUGUGCUGAUCGUGCCCCAGGUGAACGCCUCGGCCAUCGCGAACAAGACUACAACGAGUGCCAAAACACUGACUACUCUGAACCCCAAAGUCAAGAGUACCGUGGCCGGUACCACGAGAAGAAACAAACAGAGGCGACACGGAGCGACAGCGACACAGCAUCGACCCACAGCGCCCAAACCACGUGGUACCACGAGCAAACCGAAAGUACGCCACUUACCCAUCACGGAUCACACAUCAUCUACGACAACGUCUCGAUCAAGCGCAAACUUUCCCCAUAAUCAAGUCAGUUCUAGGCGCGUUCAAAACGUAGUUCCGACGGCGUUACCAGCGCAGGGACGUCGGCUGCCUCAUCAGCAUCGUCAGCGGGAUCAGCACGAGUAUCAAUUCUACGAGCAGCACCAGCAACACGAACAGCAUUACAGCGUAUUUAACAGCCACCAGGCGGUGAAUGGACAGAAUCUUUACAGCGCACCUCAGGUUGACAACACUGGGCAGUUUAAGGAGAUGUACAAGGACCCAGGACUGUGGGACCCGGAUUUUUUCAGUCCUGGAGAUCACGGAGGACCACGGGUUCCGGGAUGGUUUGCCCCGUACGGUGCCCUGAGGAAGAGGAACGCCAGAGAAACGCUCGAUCUGGAGGAGGAAUCUAAUGAAACCAAGUUCGAGGAGGAAUUAGCUGAGGACAAAUCAAACGGAUCCAGGAUAGAGGAGGAAUUGGACCAACCUAAGAUGGAGGAUAAAUCCAAUGGAUCCGAGUUGGGGGAAGAGCUGGAUCAAACUAAGAGGAAAGAGAGAUCCAAUGAAUUCAGGUUAGAGGAGGAACUGGAUCAAACUAAGCUGAAGGACAAAUCCAACGGAUCCGAGGUAGAGGAUGUAUUGGAUGAACCGAAGUUCGAGUCUCUGAAGAUCGCAGGUCCGUCAGGGCCCGUCUCCGGAGCAUACAGGAGACGUGCCAGGGUUGAUGCCAAUAACAACAACGGCAACCAACCGGAGAAAACGGCCAAGAAGACGGGCAAGGUUGACGCCCGUGUUCCCGAUCCCGAUAUCCUGAAGGCCAUUGGACCAGCCGUCAGUUUCGUCAUAGGAGGAGCCAAAGCGGACUACAACACCUGGCCCUGGAUGGCUUCCAUUCUGAGGGGAAGUGAACUGAAGUUCCUCUGUGGCGGCUUCCUCAUCAACGACCGAUACGUUCUCUCAGCGGCACAUUGCUUUCAAGGACAAAGGAGUACUCAGACGUACGGCGUUCGACUGGGCCAGAUCCGGUACGACGAAGGUCCCGUGUACAAGGUGGAACGUUUCGUGGUCCACGAAGACUACGUUCGUCGGCAGUACUACAACGACAUUGCCCUCAUCCGGCUGGCCGAACCCGUUCCCUUGGCGCUCAUCCGACCCGUCUGUCUUCCCACUCCCGUCAUGGCACGACAGAACCUCAUCGGCAGAGAAGCUACCGUUCUCGGAUGGGGAGACACUAUGUUCGGUGGUCCCCGGAGCGACACUCUGCAGGAGGUGAACGGACUGCCCAUAGUUGACGUGCGAAAGUGCAACGAGUCCUACUCUAAACUGAGGGGGAAUCCAUUCAGCCGGGGAAUCACGAAAGAAUUCAUCUGCGCUGGUCUCAUGCAGGGAGGAAAAGAUGCCUGUCAGGGCGAUUCCGGCGGACCCUUGAUGCUGGAGCACGAAGGACGAUGGACGGCGGUGGGCAUCGUGUCCUUCGGCUACCGUUGCGGGGAGCCCGGCUUUCCCGGUGUCUACACGAGGAUCUCUCGACACCUUCGCUGGAUCGACAACAACAUAUUCAUGGACUCUAUCGGCUACAACACUAUCGUCUGACAAACACCAGACAACAGGAAGAUUGAGCUAUAUGUGAACGGGAAAAAAAAAGCGCAACCCUCAAAGAGGCUGGCCCUCUAGUAGGGUCGGGCAGUGGUCCAGGUCUCCGAAGUGAGGUCAUGUGAACGACUGGGUCCUUGUAGGCGUUUGCUUAUCUGAAACAUCCGGAGGAAGACACUGCAGUCUUCUGUCGACAUCGUCAACUGCUAUUAGGAAGGACAUAGUAUAACGACUAGUCUUCUUCUGUGUUCAUGAAGGUCGCGUGAUUGUUCCUAAGUGCAGGAUAUGCUUCAGGAGAACAUAACUGCAGCAGCUUCUCUACAGUCUUCAUCGAGGACCGUGAUGACAGUUAGCCUUGUUCAUUAUUGUACUGUCUUCGCACAGGACAUGCCAACAGGUCUUCUAUUUUGUUGCACCUGCAAGUGCGGUUUGCCUCGUAAUAUCUUCGACGUUCCACGAAGAAGUCCAGCUCCUACUGUCUUCACGUAGAUGCACACAACUCCAACGGUGUUCGUAUAGAAAGAGUGGUUAGUCUUCGAAGUAUUCCGGAAGCGUAUGAGGGGCCACGUGAUAGUGGUCGACUUACGCUCGCCAAACUCCCUUCCUAUAUACGGACAUGCCGAACUUGGGAAGGACAACGUCACACAAAGAGUUGUGCCAGUGAAACAAAAACAGAAUCGGAUGCCGGAAGGCAAGACAUUGUGAGGUAGCGUGACGUUCCAUGAUGGGCUGUGAUGUUGCGCAGUGAAAGUGUGUGCCACAGAUGUGUGUUCCGUCGGUGUUCAAGCUCCGUGCAUUCGAGCUCAUUGUAAGCAACCCAAGAACUUCGCAUCUUACGUGAUGCUGCAAUAAAAUAUUGCUCGAGCUUC